CCGCCCUGAAUCAGACGACUCUCUUUACAUUAGAGAGAACAAGAGCGGCAGCGCUGAUGAUUGGAGAAACUUUUUUUUCAAGAAUUGGUGAUGAUAUGAAAAGACGGAACAUAUGGGGAUUAAAUUCGAUAAAAAAGUACCUAAGGCUUUCGACUGAUCCAGGUAAGGGCUCCAGAUUUGCUGUCAGUGAUACUUCCACAUUGCAUAGUGAAGAUGGUGAACCUGUUAAUAACACUGAUUUGGUAAAGAUGGAUAACACAACAUUUAGUAAGAAGCCUGUACAACUGGAUCCCAGGAUAUCUGACCAUAUUGAACAUACAAAGGUGCCUAAUCAACCUCUUUGUAAUCCACCAGCACUUCUCCCAACUCCUGUUGAAAAUAAUGUAACAUCAAAUAGUAUGCAACGAGGACUGCUACCUACUCUUGGGGCAGAAGUAUCUCAAUUUUCUAAUAAUAGAACCAGCAGUUUAAUAUAUUCACAUUCUAAUGACCUUGCGUCAUCCCCUCUGCCUACGAAUAGUGCUUUGGAUGGAUAUUAUAGACCCCCUAACACUAGUGAAGAGUUAAUGCAGAUUUCUGUAGCUGGAACAGCACCUCGGUUGCAAAAUUAUGUUGAUACAGAUGAGGUAGUUAAUAAUCAACAGGUUUUACCUCUAAAGAGCAGUCUACCUAAGUUAACAUAUCAACAGUUAUCUGAUGAUUGGAAGAAAAAUAAGAAAGAUAUUUUGGACCAAAAUCUCCAUGAGAAUACUGAUGACAAUUCUGGUUGUGAGUUAGAUAUUUCACCCACAAAGCCUAUGACAUCCCGAUAUUGUAGAAACCUUGAUGAAUUUCUUCUCUCUGACUCAGAGGAUCACCAAGCUGUUAUUCUCUCUGAUACUGAUAUUGCUCAAGAAUUUACUGUGUCCAGCCAGCCAGAGGUAUGUCCUCCACAAGCCAUAGAUACUGCAUCAGAUAGCAAUAACACUGAAAGUAACAAGUUAACUGAUGUUAGAAAGAAUACUAGAGUUCCUGGGCCAGUGAUAGAUCGCAGGAAAUAUCAAAUCGGGAGAGGUUUUGACGACAUAUUAAAAAUUGCCAGUCAAAAUGUGAAAAGACAACGUAGACACUCGCUUCAAAGUAGUGAAUCUCAGAAGCAUGAUGGUAGUAGUCAUCGGGCACGUCAUCGUAGCAAUGGUACACCUAAAAAGAAAAAAUUACAUGAAUCUCCACGAAAAUUACCUCUCUUGGUCAACAGAAGCUUAUCAGAAAUUUCUGUAAAGAGCAAUCAUUUGAUUAUUGCUCAGGACAUUCAAAAACAAUUGGAUAAAUUGAGCAUGACACUUUGUGUGCCAAAAUUAGAUGUUCCAGAGACUGUUUCUGUAACAGAGGAAAUGGCUGUAAAGGGCUUCUGUAACUGUGUCCGGAAAAAGACUGAAAGGAAAUCUCUUUUUCAAAGUUUUUCAAACAGCCAGCACGAGCAGCUAAUAACAAAGAUACCUGAAGAAUUUAGCUUGGAUAUUGCUGAGAGAAACAUCAUAGAGGGGAAUGGUGAUGAGUCAUCUGCUAACGACAACAUUUGUAAGGUUUCUGAAGGUGUUGAUGUUGAGACUGGCAGCCAAACAUCCAUAAACUGUGACUUGGAUAAAAACAGAGAGAAUAUUGGAUUGUUUGAUCGUUUAAGAUAUUCGGUCUCUGAGAUCUCACCAUCCAAAAACUCUCCAGACGUGAGAGUGGCUACUUCUUCCAGAAAAGACAAUCAACCAAUUAAAACUACCUUGAAAAAAGCCAUUAACUUUAACCUGCUUAAAGAAAAACUUUCAAAGAAAACCUUUAUCAGGGCUUUAGAAAAGCAUGGAGUGGAUGGGUCAAGUGCGACAACAUCCUCAAAGUUACAGACUUCGACAUUACCUCAGAGUCAAGAUGAAGAUAUGAUGCAAGUUUCUGCUUCUGAUGACAAUCAUAUUGUUAAUAAUGAUACUGACAUUAAUGAUCCUGUUUUUGAUGACACUGCGUGCAAAUUCCAAAGUGAUAAUCAUGAUGAUGGCAAAGAGGGAACAGAACAUAUAUCCAACACAGAGGUGCUACUGAAUGAUGCAGCUGCUUUAAAUGAAACAAGAUCCACUAUGAAUGAUGAAACUAAUGAUGACAACUUAUUAAUUGAACUCAUUAGCAGCGAUGAUGAUGACGAUCUGCCAGAUCUUGGUGACACAGUCAACAGACGAGAACACCAACAAGAUUCUAAAGAAAAUGAAGUGUCCUUCUCUCAAGACAGCCUGGAGGAUUCUCCACUUGACAACUCCAUCACCAACAUUGAAACAAAACCUCCAGAACGAAAACUUAAGUUUACCUUAGACAAGAUGGUGCAAAAUAAACAGGACAAUGAUCUGAAAGAUGUUGAAUUAGCUAAGAUUACAAAAGAACUGAAGAAGGAUAUGGGCAUUGAUUGGAUGAACAGAGCCAAGUCUGAAGAUAACGCAAACAACAUACUGCCAGACCACAAGAAAGAACUUGAUAAAUUUGCCUACCCCACUGAUCAUGUGCCAGGUAUAUACCCCGGAGAUGAUGUUUUCAACCUGGACCACAUUGGUGAAGUAUUUUCCUUCCCAUCUACCCUGCGUUUGGUUGACUGCGGUUUUAGGCCUGUGAAGGGGAAGGCAACUGACUCCCUGUUAUGGAAAGCAUCCCCAGAUGAUCUGGUUGGCCUUAUUAACUCAUGUUUGCUGGCAGAGGCUCAUCUGGUUAGGCCAUGCCAGGAUGCCUUGAUGGUGUGGAUUUUUUACCUCAUGUCAAUUCAUGGGAGUAUACACACAAUAAUGCAGGCAUUUAAAACACUCUGGUCUCUUAUGAACAACUCAAUCAGAUUCAAUCAAAGUAGAGUAUGGCUGCCAAGUUUAAAACAGAUAACACGAGUUUUACUUAAUUAUGGUGCAACAUUUGAAUCUCUGUUCCCAUCUACAGAACUGGAACCAGCAUUCUCUCUAAAUGAUGUAUUGAAUGAAAGUGGCAAAGAUAAGGAAAAUAUGGUAGAAGAUGAAACAGAAAGUACACUAAAAAAUCAGAGCUGGACUUCUCAGAAACAGUUUCCAGUGGAUGCUUUGAACCAUGUGAUCAAGCUCAUCACACAUGGAAUGCAUUUGAGAGAUAUGCACAAGCAACCUGUGUUUUAUUCUGAAGAAGAAUUGAAGCAGCUAAUUGGACUUAUAUGUCGUUCUGGCUUAGAAACUCAAGGAAAAGAAGAUACUCAUGGUGAAGAUUUUGCAUUGUGUACUGCAGCUUUACUAGAAGGAUUCUCGAUUACCUCUUGGUCGAUGAAGAGUAAAGAGUUGUGCGAAGCUCUGCCUGCCUUAACCAGCCAUCAUCACAAUUUGGUGCAUCUUGUAGAAUUGUUCCCAACCUUCACUGAUAGAGGACGACAGACAAGACGCCUUCUGAGGUAUGUCACUUGUUUCCUCUGA